GAAAGAGAUAAACAGUUUCCUCCUAUAUAUGGUAGAACCAUCUUUCUAUAGACUCCCAACGAGCAGCCUAUUUUACGAUUCCACCCUCUGGCAACGUGUCAGUAUCGGAACAUUAUUCGCGGUGUACGCACAAUCGAUUGAACUGUAACAGGAAAUGGCAACCAAAUGGGUUUGGACGAACGCCCACGGGCCAUAUCCGCCCAACAUGGUAUCCGGUGGACAGGAUAGUGACGGUACACUGCUCUAUGUUGGACGAGCAAAUCAUGCCGGAGAUGUCUUACCGGCCAAGGUGAUUCCCCAGAAGAAUGCGGCCUAUAUUGCAUAUGGAGGAGAGGAAGUGUUUGUCGAAAAUUUUGAAGUUCUCUGCCAGAAGGAGCUGAUUUGGGAUAGUGCAUCGGGCGGAAAUAUCCCACCGGAUGCUGUGGUGGGAGGUAACACUGCUGAUGGCGAAUUAUUGUACGUCGGUCGGGCUUUCCAUGAAGGAUCUCAAACCAUUGGCAAGGUGCAACGGUCGCACGGAUGUUGCUAUAUUCCCUAUGGAGGAGCGGAAGUGUCGCUGCCGACCUAUGAUGUGCUGUGUGAGCGAUAAAAUGGAAUGUGUUUGUGUGUAUUUGAUGUAUAAAUUUAAAUAUGAGAAUAAAUUGUAAGCCAUACAUACGUGAGACAAAA